AUGGCUACUCCAAAAGGUAUCUCUCCUGUUGACAGUAGUGGCAACCCAAAGUCCUAUAAUACGCCAAAGACACCUACUCCCGCACAACCAAAGGGAAAGGGAAAAGGACAGACAGUCUCAAGGAUUCCGACUCCAAAUAGCGUGAAUAGAUCCAGAUCUUCUACGCUUGUACGAUCAAAUCCUAUUAGUAUCGUUCAUGUUGGUCCUUCAAAUACCCGCAAUACGUCUACCACGAUUACCUCACCAAGUAUUAGAACUCCACCCACAUUGACUACCACGCUUGUACGAUCAGAUCCUAUUAGUAUCGUUCAUACCGGUUCUUUGAAUACACGCAAUACGUCUACCAUGAUUACAUCACCAAGUACCGGAACUCCGCCCACAUUGACUAUUGGUACAUCUAAUUCAAAGUCAAAGACCACACCCAGCGAAAGUCAGGCUCCGGUAAUAGCUACUGAUCGAUUUCAAUCAACUAGCCUCGAGCUCCCUCAAUCACAACAAGUUUCUAUUCCCAUUGUUGUGGCAAAUAUGACAAGCCCUCUCUCGUACAUCGGAAAGUCUCCGGCUACAGCCGUUCUGUCUACUUCAGAACCACCACCACUCAAGAGUCUCGUUACUACGAUAACUUCUCCCCCUAUCGCUCGUCCCGUCAUUACUUCCUCAAUGGUUUCUCCUCCCGUCUUCCUUUCCUCAAUGGCUUCUACUCAAUACACCUCAUUCACGCACAGCCCUCCCCAACCUCCACCAACCCCCAACCCACCAACCCCCUCUCCACCCCUUCCCCUCCCCAAACCCACACGAGCCACCCAAUCCACACCACUUCUCCCCUCCCACCAAACAAACACAAACCCACCCCCUGGCUUCUACGAAUACCACACCAUCCGUAAAACCACCCUCCUCCCUCUUCCCCCACAAUCUCCCUCCUCUCCCUCUUCUUCUUCCUUAAUCCAUACCUCAUUUCGUUGA